AUGGAGGGAUCCAAGCCGGUCGCCGCCCCUCAGGGGGAUGAGGCGUCCUGCUCUUCCUGGGGGACUGGCAGUACAAAUAAAAAUCUGCCCAUCAUGUCAACAGAAUCUGUGGAGAUUGAUGAUGCAUUAUACAGUCGACAGAGGUACGUUCUUGGAGACACAGCAAUGCAGAAGAUGGCCAAGUCCCAUGUUUUCUUAAGUGGUAUGGGUGGUCUUGGUUUGGAAAUUGGUAAGCAAUAUUUGUAUUCAUAAUUUUGUGCACUUACAAUUCAUGAUACACAAAAAUGCCAAGCAUGGGAUCUAGGAACCAACUUCUUUCUUUGUGAAGAUGAUAUUGUUAAUAAAAGAAACAGGGCUGAAGCUGUACUUCAACAUAUUGCAGAACUAAAUCCAUAUGUUCAUGUGACAUCGUCUUCUGUUCCUUUCAAUGAGACCACAGAAUUGUCCUUCUUAGGUAAAUACCAGCGGGACCCCCCUGAAGAGGAAAUACCAUUUUGUACUCUAAAGUCUUUUCCAGCCACUAUCGAACAUACUAUACAAUGGGCAAGAGAUAAGUUUGAAAGCUCAUUUUCCCACAAGCCUUCAUUAUUUAACAAAUUUUGGCAAACCUAUCCAUCUGCAGAAGAAGUCUUGCAGGUGGUUCAAACAGAUGAAACUGCAAGGAAACCAGACCAUGUUCCUAUUAGCAGUGAAGAUGAGAGGAAUGCUGUUUUCCAACUAGAAAAGGCUAUUUUAUCUAAUGAAGCUACCAAAAGUGACCUUCAGAUGGCAGUGCUUUCAUUUGAAAAAGAUGACGAUCGUAAUGGACACAUAGAUUUCAUCACAGCUGCAUCAAAUCUUCGUGCCAAAAUGUACAACAUUGAACCAGCUGACCGUUUCAAAACAAAGCGCAUAGCUGGCAAAAUUAUACCUGCUAUAGCCACAUCCACUGCUGCAGUUUCUGGCUUGGUUGCCUUGGAGAUGAUCAAAGUAACUGGUGGCUAUCCAUUUGAAGCCUAUAAAAAUUGUUUCCUUAACUUAGCCAUUCCAAUUAUAGUGUUUACAGAGACAUCUGAAGUAAGAAAGACUAAAAUCAGAAAUGGAAUAUCAUUUACAAUUUGGGAUAGAUGGACUAUACAUGGAAAAGAAGAUUUCACUCUCUUGGAUUUCAUAAAUGCAGUCAAAGUGAGAUACUUUUAUUGACUUGGUUCGUUAGCUUUGAGUAUGGUUUCUUCAGCAAAUCAUUCUUUUAUUUUACAGAAUUUACCAAAAUAUUCAUCCUUGCUUAUUUUUCUUAGAAUGCAUAAACUUGUGAAACCUUCUACUGAAAAGAAAUAUGUGGAUCUUACGGUGUCAUUUGCCCCAGAUACUGAUGGAGAUGAAGAUUUGCCUGGACCUCCAGUAAGAUACUACUUCACUCAUGACACUGAUUAAUGGAAGUUACCUUAAGGUUACUCCAGAACUACUUAAUUUUGAAAAGAAGGCACUUAAUUCAGCAGCUAAAAAAAUCAGCUCAUAAUAUUACGGAUUUCUCUUUGAUGAAGCCUUAAUUUAAGGGAAACAUCAGUAUGAAACUACCCUGACAAAUUGUAAAACAUUUUGGAGCGCAGUGUACACUUGUCUAACAGUUCACACGUGGCUGUGAUCACAAGCAGCUUUGAAGUGGAAUGCCAUUUUAUGACUUAAAGCAGAUUUGUGUAUUUACCUGUUUGGAUAAAAAGAAGGAAAAAAUAUUUGUGACCAGAGGAGAUCAGGAAAUUGAAAGUAACAAAUGGAACUAUCCAAAAAGGUUAAUCCUAUUUUAUGAAUUGUUUUUGUUUGUUUAGUAUUUGAAGCCCAUUUUUCUACACAAAUAGUAGCACCCUGCACCUGUCCAGUGAGUAGGCUUUGAGAAUUUAAUACCGGUGUAAAGGGUAAGGAUGGUAGUGGUGCAUGAAGAAUAGACAUUUUAAAUUGUGCAGUUAGAAUUACUGUCCUAUUACCUUUGCUAGUUUAAUAAGAGUUUAUUAUAUCACUGUCUCCCCAAAACCAGGAUUUUUGUUGAUAGCGUCAUUGUUGUAAGCCAU